AUGCUACUCCGAAUAAACGCUAAGUUUUGCCCAAAAGAGCAGUUACUGAAAAGGACAUUCUAUUCACUAACUAACUUACGAAAAAGUCAAGUAAGAGAAAGGUUACAUCAGCUGGAAAAGAAUGAUUUUGUACCGAAUAAAACUUCUAAAGAAUUAGACAGGUUAAACUCCAAGAAAAGACGACAGUUAAAGAAAUUGCAAAAGACUGCUUACCCCAAGGAUCAGGCUCUCCACGUUCUUCGUAAAUUUCAUAAUGUAAAUAAUGAAGCAUUGGCAGAUACAAAAUUGGGUCCCACUAGUCGAACAGAUCUGAAGUUUUUGUCCUUGACUAAGGAUAAGAGAUUGUUCUAUACCAUAUUAGGUGUAAAUGGUCAACAAUUAAGAGAUGCCAAAUUAAUUGCCAAUGAUGUUCAAAAAUUUUUGAAAAGAGGUCAAUUAGAAAAGGCUGUCUUCUUGGCCAGAUUGGCUAAGAAAAAGGGUGUCGUUGGGAUGAAUCUGAUUAUGAAGUAUUAUUUUGAAGUUUUGAAAUCCCAACAGAGUGCUGUUGAUAUUUUCAAUUGGAGAAAAAAAUGGGGCGUGCCUAUUGAUGAACAUUCGAUCACAAUACUCUUUAAUGGGCUGUCGAAGCAAGAUAACCUGGUCUCUAAAAAAUUCGGGGAGCUUGUCUUGAAGACGAUAGACAGUUUGAGCGAUAAAAAUGAGCUCAACGGGAUGGAAUAUAAUACUGCUUUAGCGGCAUUGACAAACUGUACCGAUGAAAGCUUAGUGUUUAAGCUUCUUAACAAGAAAUUUCCAGGAUUGAAAAAAGACGCUAUCACCUAUACCUUGAUGAUUAGAUCGUGUACUAGAAUUUCAGAUGAGGAACGUUUUUCGGUAGUACUCAAUGACUUGAUGAAUAAGGUACCUUCUUAUUGCAUUGACUCCAAGUUGUUGUUCGAAUAUUGCGGAGUAGUACUUGACCGGAAGUUUUCAAAAUCCGAGAGUCAAGAGAUGGGGCUGCGGGCCUUGUGUGAAUACUUCCUAUUUGAUAAGGCCAUCUUUAAUAAAUACUUGCAAUCUAGCGAGUCUCUAGAAUUGGUUCCGUUGAGCCAUUGGAACAUUAACGAGCCAUUUCCUCUCAAUAAGCAUGUUGUGGGGUUGUUUAUGAACUACUGUCUAAGGAGCAAGAAAUACAGUUUUGCUGUUGAAACAUUUYAAGCGUUAGAAGAACGGAAUAACAAAAUGCUAGAUCUGGACAUAUAUCAUAAGUACAUGGAGACGCUUAUAACAGCCAGGCCUACGACAUGUGGCGAAGAGUGCAUGGAUGUCUAUGAACGUAUAGACUCAUUGGCGUCGCACAUUUCCGUUACAAAGAGAACAUUGAUUUUAGUGUAUAACGCUUUCCAAAGACAAAGUCUCAAAGCUGUUACAAAUAGAGAUGAAUCCAAAACCGAAAUUAUUCUGCGGAAGAUUCAAGGAUUCAUUGGUCAUACGGAGGCUAUCUACUCUUCGAAGCUAAACGAAAAGGUAUAUGGCUUUGACUCAUGGAAGUUCUUGUUUCCUGUCCUGAAAAACCUCAACAUGCAUGAUAAAGUGAAUACGAUGGGCUUGAAGGACGUACUAGACGAAUACGUGAAAUCUUUGCUAAACGGCAUCUUCGAUGCGGGGGCCAAAGAAAGCGUAGAAGACAAGCGGUUCGUUGCGUUAGAGGGGAUUCGUUUAGUUAAGAUUUUGACCGAGAGAAUCAAGCUACCGACGCUAGACAGCGAGGAGAUAGCUGGACUAAAAGGCGUAGAUAGGAGCAAGUUUCUCGCCAGAAGACAUCUCUUGAGACUCAAGCAAAUGUUACUGGAGAAUCUGGCUAUUAUUGAGGGCAACAUGAAAGAAAAGAACGUUGAUAACGUUGGUGAUGACACUGGCGCCAGCAAAGAGGGAGUACUAGAAGACCUGCUUGAAUUAAUACUAGAAACCAGCUACGAGAAAUUCUAG